CGUUCCCCGAAGGGCACCCAUGAUGGACGGGAAGGGGGCCCGCGCUGGCUGAGUACACGCAGAAAGCAGCUGCGCAGGAGAGAGGGGCAGAAGCCGAAUGGUGGAGUUGAAGAUGGCGGAUGGUGACAGUGGGAGUGAGCGCGGAGGUAGUAGCGGGGGAGGAGGUGGAGGCGGCUUCCAACACUUCCAGAGGGACCAGGAAACCCAAGAGUUGGCGUCAAAGCGCCUGGACAUCCAGAACAAGCGCUUCUAUCUGGACGUCAAGCAGAACAGCAAAGGCAGGUUCAUUAAAAUUGCCGAGGUAGGGGCUGGGGGCUCUAAAAGUCGCCUGACCCUCUCACUGUCAGUGGCGGCGGAGUUCCGUGACUAUCUCGGGGAUUUCAUCGAGCACUACGCCCAGCUGGGGCCUAGCAGUCCGGAGCAGAUAGCCCAAGCUACCGCGGGUGAAGACGGUGGGCCGAGACGAGCUCUCAAGAGCGAGUUUCUCGUCCGGGAAAAUCGCAAGUACUACCUGGACUUGAAAGAGAACCAGCGGGGGAGGUUCCUCCGGAUCCGGCAGACCGUAAACCGCGGACCAGGCUUUGCAGUUGGGGGCCCAGUGGGCGGCAUGCUGGCCGGCCAGACCAUAGCCCUUCCGGCCCAGGGGUUAAUAGAGUUUAGAGACGCCCUUGCUAAGCUCAUAGAUGACUACGGGGGAGACGACGAGGAGCUGACCGGGGGCACGGCUGCCGGGGGCUACGGCGAGCUUCCCGAGGGCACCUCCAUCAUGGUGGACUCUAAACGCUUCUUUUUCGACGUCGGGUCCAACAAAUACGGAGUGUUCCUACGCGUGAGCGAGGUUAAGCCCAGCUACAGGAACUCUAUCACCAUCCCGUUCAAAGCCUGGAGCAAAUUUGGAGGAGCUUUCUGCAGAUAUGCAGAGGAGAUGAAGGAGAUUCAGGAAAGGCAGAGGGAUAAAAUGUACGAGAAGAGAGACGAGUCCGAGGGGGACGAUGUGGAUGACGACUGAGAAAAUAAAAUAAAAAGCUGUCAGCCCAGUUACACGAUGACAGAUCAACAGUAUAAGAUUAUUUUGCAAAAAAGAAACAAAAAUACAAAAAAGAAGCAGAAAUGACAGAUAAAGUGCAUGACAAAUCGUGCUGUAAUAGCCUACUAAGUAUCGUGGAGUUUAAAAAAGUAUAUGUGCAGGGAAUUUUUGGUGUAUUAUCCUAAAGUUUGUAGGGCUGCAGGUUGAAGUGGUGGUGUGAAUCUCUGAAAGUGAAAAAUGUAUAAAUGAGAUGUAUCUCAUUGGCUGCAAAAAGGAAUGAGUUAUGCUUUAGUGUUGAAAAAAUAAGAGGAGAACCUACUAAAACCAGCAAGUUGGUUUUUCUAAUUCGAGGUGAAGCCAGUGAAUGCUUUCCUAUGUGCAACAUAGUUUCUAUUUAAAGAGUGAGGACCUGUUGAAGAUGUUUUCCCUUCUUGGUUUAAGGAGAGAGAGCUAGCAUCCAUCCUGUUCCAGUCCAGGACUCAGUGGGAAGUUUGCGGGAUUCUUGUAAGUCAGACAGAAGAAGCUGAGAGGAAUGCAGAGACAGAGCUACUGUCACUUGGUGGAUAUUGAUGUGUCAGAUAUGUCAGCAGCUGGAGAGUUGUCAAACAACUGUACAACUGCUGCUGCAGCAUCUGCAGGCUGUUAAUCGAAAAGAUUACCCAAAAUGUCGGGAGGAAGUUACUAAGAGGAUUAUCUGUAAGCCCAAACAACAAGGGCCUGGUGGACUAAAUUAAAAGCUUUGACUCCAGUAGUCAAUUACGGUGCUGAAAAGCUGGGUUUUAUGUUAUACAUAUAAUCUUAGCAAAGCAUAAUUCAUAUUGUUUUCAGAAAGAUUCGCUCAGUGAGGAAGAGCGGUUAGUCUUCUCACACCAGAGCAUCCUUGGUGUUUUAAGAACAACUGCUUGGAAAACCAACAACUGGGAAGCGGAUCCCACCGGGGGAAACAGAUGUGGUUUUAUGUGACUUUUCCGAUGCUCAUUUGCUCCCACAUGCCACUACAAGGGUCCAAAUAUCUUGCAGUUGGACGGAGAGGCUACAUCACAUAUUGCGACAAGUUGUUUUGCCAUCAGCCUUGUGGUCAGAGCUGGAGUCUUAUCCAGCCAAAAGCCAUUCUCUGACAGCGCCUUCUAACAUCAUGAAGACCCUGGACAGAAACGCAUUGAUGGAUGUUUUCUUUUUUGUUUUUUGCUUUUUCUUCUUUCAAACAGAGAGCUAUAUUGAAAUGAGAUUCUACUUAUAGGAAAGAUAUUACCAAACAAACCAGCAAAAGAUAUUUUCAGAUACUUAUAAAGGAAAACAUAUUGUCUAAAGGAAUUUCAAUCCUACAAAAUAAAAUUAAUUUCUUAAAACAAA